AUGCUUCGGCUGACGCAGUUCAUGCGAUCGCCUCGUUCCUGGACUCCACCACGCCUGACGGAAAUAACCAUUCCCUCCUUCACUAGCCGCUGUGCGCAUUUGCUUUGGAAGCACAGAUUUCAUCUUGCCGCGUCACAGUCCACGUCAGCGUCGCCCCAGCAGAUCACCCCGUCACCGCCAGGUCAACAUCUCCCAGAGGCUUCCAUUUCCACAGCGACCGCGCGCACGCCCGCUCCUGCAGCCGGCGCGAGCGGAAGCGCGCCGAGCCGAGCCGCUCCGCAGAUGCCGGCGUUCGACCACGUGCCGGAGCCGUACACGGGGCCGCGCGCGGAGGAGGUGCUGAAGAAGCGACAGCAGUUCCUCAACCCGACCAUCUUCGCCUACUACAAGAAACCGCUGCACGUGGUGGAGGGGCGCAUGCAGUACCUGUACGACGAGGACGGGCGGCGGUAUUUGGACGCAUUUGCGGGCAUAGUGACGGUGUCGGUGGGGCACUGCCACCCGGCGUUCGUGGCGGCGGUGGCACGGCAGAACGCACUGCUGCAGCACACGACCAGCAUCUACCUCAACCACCAGAUCGCUGAAUACGCGGAGGAGCUCGCUGCUAAGAUGCCCGGUGACCUCAAGAAUGUGUACUUUGUGAAUUCAGGCUCGGAGGCCAACGAUAUGGCGCUGACCAUGGCUCGCCUGUACACGGGCAACUACGACGUGGUUGCUCUGCGCAACGCGUACCAUGGCAUGUCGCCCGCUACCAUGGGUCUCACCGCGCACAGCACGUGGAAGUUCAACGUUCCCCAGGGCUUUGGUAUUCACCACGCACUCAACCCCGACCCAUACAGGGGCGUCUUCGGUGCUGACGCAGCGAAGUACGCUGCUGACGUGGACGACCUUAUCCGCUCGUCCACGCCAGGCCGCGUGGCAGGCUUCAUUGCCGAGACCAUCCAGGGGGUGGGCGGCACAGUGCCUCUGACACGUGGCUACCUGCCAUUGGUGUACGAGUCGAUCCGGGCGGCGGGGGGAGUGUGCAUAGCGGACGAGGUGCAGACGGGGUUUGGGCGCACGGGGUCGCACUACUGGGGGUUCGAGACUCAGGGCGUCAUGCCAGACAUUGUUACUAUGGCCAAGGGAAUAGGUAACGGGCUACCUCUGGCAGCAGUGGUAACGACGCCAGAGAUCGCAGCAGUGAUGGCACAGCGGCUGCACUUCAACACGUUUGGAGGCAACCCUGUGAGCUGCGCUGGCGGGCGGGCUGUGCUGCGGAUCAUAGAGGAGGAAGGGCUGCAGGGGAAGUGCGCGGACGCGGGGGGGUACUUGCUGGGGAAGCUGCACGCACUUAAGGAGAAACACGAGGGCAGCAACCCCGUGAGCUGCGCUGGCGGGCAGGCGGUGUUGCGGAUCAUAGAGGAGGAGGCGCUGCAGGGGAAGUGCGCUCACGUGGGGGGGUACUUGCUGGGGAAGCUGCACGCACUUAAGGAGAAACACGAGGGUGAGGUGGCGGGAUGGAUGGGUGACGGAAUGAGGGAGAUUAUGAGUGACUUGUGCUGGCUGGGCACACAGAGAGCAGCUAAUACUCCCUACCUUCCUCUCUCUUUCCCCUCUCUCACCUUUCUCCCGCCAACAACUACACCCAACAGUGAUCGGGGACGUGAGGGGAGCAGGGCUGAUGCUGGGAGUGGAGCUGGUUACAAGCUAUACUCUGCCUCCCUGUUCCCUUCCCGCUACCCGUGUUCAUGCCAUGCCACCCCGCCCGCAGUGAUGGGGGACGUGAGGGGAGCAGGGCUGAUGCUGGGAGUGGAGCUGGUUACAGACCGGGCUGCCAAAACUCCUGCCAAGGCACAGACAUUGCAAUCCUUCGAGCGCCUCAAAGAUCUAGGAGUGCUGGUGGGCAAGGGAGGGCACUAUGGGAAUGUGUUCCGCAUCAAGCCACCCAUGUGCUUCACCACCGCUGAUGCUGACUUCCUCGUUGAGUGCAUGGACGUGGCGUUCUCAGAGCUUUAG